AAAUAAGCCUUCACUCAUAAACAUUUAUUUAUAAAAUGGGAAAGGAAAAGAAAAAAGGAAAAAGUGGAACUGCCAUUACAUAUAUAAAUAGGAAUCAAGCCAUAAAACGAUUGCAAAUAUCUUUAUCUGAUUUCAGGCGUUUAUGCAUUCUUAAAGGAAUUUAUCCACAUGAUCCUAAACAUAGGCAUAAGCUAGAUAAGGGCAAAGACAUAACUCAACCACAAACAUAUUAUUUAUUAAAAGACAUACAAUACUUAUCCCAUGAACCAUUAAUUGAAAAAUUUAGAGAGUUUAAAAUCUUUGCUACAAAGUUAAGAAAAUAUACUGCAAAAAAGGAUCAUCAAAAAGCAAAUUUAGUAAGACAAAGCAAGCCUAAAUUUAAAUUUGAUCACAUUAUUAAAGAAAGGUAUCCAAAUUUUGCAGAUGCUAUAAGAGAUUUAGAUGAUUGCCUUACCCUGUGUACUCUGUUCUCCAAGAUGCCAAAGACUAAAUCUAUCAGUAGUGGAAUGGUCAAUACCUGCAAAAGACUCACUAUCGAAUUUUCAAACUUUGUCCUUCAAACUCGGGCACUUAGAAAAGUUUUCUUAUCAAUCAAAGGAAUAUACUAUCAGAUUUCCAUAAUGGGUCAAUUGAUUACCUGGGUUGUUCCAUACGAAUUUCCAUUUACGGCGGAUAUCGAGGUGGACCUUAAGAUGAUGUGCACUUUCAUAGACUUUUACAUCAACUUGCUCGGUUUCGUUAAUUACAAACUCUACACCGAUAACAAUUUAAUUUACCCACCCAAAUUUUCUAGAUCAUUCGCCACCAACUCUAUCGAUACCGAGAUAAGCAUGUACACCCAGCAUGAUAGUCAACUCGAGAGAUUGGGGUCCUUCAACGAGGAUCUCCUUAAAAUUAACAAUGACGUUUACCAGGAGAAUUUGCAAUCAGAUCUUGCACACAAUUUAGACGAUGAAGAGCUAAAAAUUUUACAUGGCGGAACCAUCGAAAACGAAGUAAAGGACGUUUUUGACCAAAAUUUAUUCCAAAACCUGAGAUUUUUCUUGAACCGGGAAGUUCCCAAAGACGCUCUUACCUUCAUUAUUAAAUCUUUUGGAGGCGUCGUUUCCUGGCCCGAUAGUUGUGGGAUAGGCUUUACUUACGAUCAAAACAACGAGAAAAUAACGCAUCAAAUUGUUGACCGCAAUAACGAUCAGGAUGGGAGGAAAAUUUUUAGGAAUAGGUAUUACAUCCAACCCCAAUGGGUAUUCGAUUGUGUCAACGCUCAAAAACUCCUCGAUGUACAACCUUAUUUUCCGUCCACUACUCAAGAAUUACCACCUCACACAUCCCCUUUCUACGAAAUGCACCCAUCCAAUAUCAGCGAUGAUGAAGAGGCAAUUGAAGACAGAGAAGGGGCCAGUAACCCAGAACGACCAUCAAAGAGACUCAAAUCUGAUAAACAAGAUGAUGAUGCUGAAAUAAACGACAUCACGAAACCUCGAAAAAAUAUGGGUAAAAAACAUAUGAGAAGCGAGCAUGGCCGUUCCACUCUUGCGAAUAGCUCUGAAACAUCGGAGAAAGCAUAUGGUGUUGAGAAGGAAGAGAAGAAACUUCAGGAAAUGAUGCUUAGCAAAAAGUAUAAAAGGCUUUAUCACAAAAUGAAGAAGGUUCAACAAUUCAGGGAGAAAGAGGCUAAACAAUUGAAACUGAAACGUAAAAAAUUGGUAACGAACGCCACAAAUGACAAAAAGAAAAUUGAAGCAUGUUGAAACUUUUUUUUAUAAAAUAAAAGUUAUAUCAUUAUACGUUUGAUUUUUAUUAUACUUACAUAAUAUAAUUCUUGUGACGCUUUAAAUAGUAUCAAAUAAUUUUUUUUUUUGGAUUAUCUUUCACAAACUAUCAGAGUUGUUAAAAGAGACUUUUUAAAUGGGUCUAGAUACAGCAUCUAAAGUGGAUUUAGAUAUCGAUACCCUUUUUACGGGCUUAUCUAGAUACAGAUACAAUUUUUGUUAUAUAUAUUUUUAUAAUGCUUAAUUUAGGAUUCUAUCGUUAAAAUUCGAAAUGAGCUAAAAAAUUUAUUGAGCUGAUAUCACAU